AUGGGAGCUGAUGAUAAAAGACCCCUGAUUGACGCAGCAGGAGAAUAUGUGAAACAUCACUAUCCAGAGGCCUAUGAAAAGGCGCAUUCCUUACCUGAGGAAUUCAUAUUGGAAAAGAAGGAAUUCAUGAAGCUGCACAAAACGGCAAGAAUCGGCGAACAAGAUGUGAAUAUGCCCGCAGCUCAGCUCUCGGUUGCAAUGGUGUUUGAUAAAGUCAAAGAAACGUUCAAGGGCGUGCCAUCCCUCACAUUGUGCGAUUACGCAUUUACAGACACUUUGCUCAAGGGGAUCAAGCAGCAACAGAAAGAAAAGUUCAUCAAUAAUUUCGGAGUGAAAAUGGAUGACCUAGCAUCUGGGGAUCAUGACGUCUUUGGAGUUGGAGUAUCUGGGGACCAAAUCCUUGGAGUUUUCUUUCAAGUUAAAGGAACGCAGUCGGAUAAAAACGCGAAAACAAUCUUAAAAAAUCUGAAGAUAGGACUGCAACAAAUCCAGAAAGAUGUGAACAUUUUCAGGACCAUGUGCGGUGAAUUUCUCAAUUUGAAAGUAAAACUGGCCGGUUUUGCAGCCUUUCCAAUGCUUUCUAAAUCAGAUUUGCGAAAAGCGGUCGAUUGUGAUGAUUGCAGGAAGCGAACCCUCACUUCGGAUGAUCUUGAUACUUUAAAGAGUUUCGAAGCAUUUCUGAAGACACAAGAUAUUGUGCUUGAGAAAUUCUCGAACUGGGGCACCAACACCUCAUUAAGAAUGACCUUCAAGGAAAUCUUUGACUUCUAUGUUUCUGCUGCAUCGUUUGUGGACCUCCCACGAAACCCCACUCAGUAUUUCCAAAAGUCUGAGGAGCAAAUACGGAAGAUGUUGCUGAUUCUUACUCCUACUCAGAAAGCACUAGUGAAGAGUGAAGAAAAUAUAAUCCUCAUAUGUGGUGCUUCAGGGACUGGAAAAACAUUUGUCCUGAAGAAAAGAGCCGAAAGGUUGGCGGGGGAAGUUGAAGUAUUGGUUAUAAACAUCGCCGGAGGACUCUUGACUGAAGAAUUCCGAAGUGGCCUGAAAGAAAACAAGAAUAUCGACGUGGUAGACGGGAAAACCGGGGGCCUGGAAGAAGACCUAGGAGCUUUAAAGAAGUAUCUGGAGGAAAAAGGAAAAGGGAAACAUAUUUUCAUCGAUGAAGUUCCCAUCACUCUAGGAUUCCAAGGAACUAUCACCUCGCAAAAGCUUUCCGAGCAUUGGAAAUGGAUCGUGGACAUGAUUCCUCAUGUGAAGUCGAUCACUCUCUGCUUUCGGCCCAAUGAUCAGUCCUACAAGAGAGAUUUCCCUCUUCAAGAUAUCAAAUUCGGUGAUUACCAGAUGACAGUCUUAGAGGGAGUGAAAAGAAACAGCAGGAGAGUAGCAGAGUUGUUCCUUGCCAUUGGGGAUUAUUCCCGCCGGAUCUUCAUAUCCCGAGAGAAGACACUUCCACUAGAGAUGAAGCAGUCUGGGAAGGGAUUUAUUCCAGUCCUCUUUCCCAUUCCCUCUUGUUUCUCAAUUCAUCUGGGAGAAUGCAAGAACGAGAAGAUAUGCGAAGCCGUGAGGGCCUCGCACGCUAUUAACGUCAUAUACGAAGAAUACUCCAAAUCACAAGAGAAAACUCCACUUUUUGUCGUGGUGGAUCAUGAGAAGAGGAGGAAUGCUCUCGUGAACGUCUUCACUUCCCUCUACCCAUCACUCCCUCUCCUCUUCCCCAACUUCAACAGGGGCCACAAGUCGUGGGAUUUCCGUAGGAAUGGGGCCUCAGAAGGCACGUUCUUCAUCAUCGUCGUGACCGAGAGUGAAAUUAUUGGAUGCCACUUUAAAAAUGUGACUGUGGUGAUCGAUAUUGCUCAGUCAGAAUGGCGGAACUAUAUUCGAUUGAUAGCAACAACCGGGGAAAACAAGAUCAUUGUGGUCGAAGACGAGCAACUGAGGACAGGGAAGUUCUCUCGCAUAAUAGAGAACAAAUAUGUUUGGAAGAAUAGCGAAACACAGGAAAGUCUCGACGAACAUCUAAAGGUAAGGCUGAGUACCGCCUGGGAAAAAUGGGAUGUAGAGAAAAUCGACAAAUUGAAAAAUAACGCCUUCCCCCUUGCAUCUUUACCUGAAAUAAGUAUAGAUUGGGAUGGAAGAGAGGGAGAGGAGGAACGCGAUGUGGAUUUGAUGCAAGAACAUUGGCUAACUGGAAUAUUUGGUCCCCCUGCCUCGGGAAAAUCCAGGAGAGUGAACAUGUUCAUGCAACGAGUAGCAGAGAGGGGAGCCCGAGCCAUCCUCUUCCAACCCGAAAGAGUACUGUCCCUAAUAGAACACCAAAGGCGCUGGGGGGAAAAUGAUAAUGUGGACCUCAAAGGCUUCCAUUUCCAAGUCAAGUCUUUCCAGGAACUCAUUAAACUUCUGGAAGUGACACUGAAGGAGGAGAAAGAAAUGAGAAAAAGAGAAAAGAAGAAAGGGGAUAAGGGAGGUGUAGGAGGGGAUUGGGAUGUGGGUUCCCUGACCGCGAUCGUUGAAGAUUGUCCAUUGUUCGAGGAUCUCCAGGGGACCGCAGAAAAAGUGAAAGAGAUGAAUAUUCGACUAAUACUUGCCUUCAAACCUCAUUCGGAAAAAGCCUCAGGGGACGCGGUGCCGACAUGGGAUGAGGUAGGGAAAAGAUUAGGAGAAGAGGCGGUGAAAAAAGAAGGCAUUCUUAUCCAGGAUAUGGGCAAAAUCAUCUGCCUCUCUGAAGAGACAUGGGCAGCUCUAAACAGAGUUUUGCCUUUACCGAAGGACUCUUCCCCCUUCUUCGACUGGGGAUAUGCUUGGGAUGAAUGGGCAGGGGAAGCGCCUACGGUUAAGAAAAGGAAGGGGGGAAUAAUCGAGUUCCUG